AUGUACAAUCAUCCUCCGGGAGAAGACGAAGAGAGGAGAGCACUUCCAGCAUUAGCAGCUGCAGUGAGAGGAGACAAAAAAGCAUUCUAUGAUUGUUCCUUCAAAGGUGUCCAAGACACCUUAUUUGAUCAUACAGGUCGCGCCAUUACUGCCAUAACUGCUACAUUCAAGAAUUGCACUAUCUAUAUUAAAUCAGGAUCAGAGGGUCGAAAAGGUAGUGUUAUGGCAGCACAAAAGAGAAAAUCCAUUAACGAAACAAAUGGGUAUGUGUUCAAUGGAUUCUACGUGGAUGGAAUUGGAAAAUCCCUCCUUGGGAGAGCUUAUGGACCAUAUUCUAGGGCUAUCUUCGCCAAUUCCUGUCUCUCAAGUGUCGUCGACCCUGUGGGCUGGGGUGCUUGUGAUCAACACGAUGUGUAA